CAUUCCAAAUUAGCUUGAACAGUUGCAAUCUAGGGCAGAGUGGGACGCAGGCAGGGAGGUAUGGAAACCAGGCAUCAGUCAUUGCUCAAGAAUAAAUACUGGAUUUUGAGACACGGCAAAAGCAUUCCAAAUGAAAUGGGUCUUAUUGUGUCAUCCUUGGAAAAUGGGAUCCAAGAAAAGUACCAACUGGCCUCUGAUGGGAUUAAUCAGGCUCGUUUGGCUGGAGAAUUGCUCUUCAAGGAACUGGAAGAACAGAAGAUUGGGUUAGAAAAUGUAAGAAUCUGCUAUUCACCCUUCGCCCGGACCACCCAAACAGCGAAAAUGGUUGCCUCUGUUUUAAAUAUUGCUUUUGAAAGCUUUCAAUGCCAGGUUGUUCACAACAUUCGAGAACGAUUCUUUGGUCCUUCAUAUGAGCUCAAGUCUCAUGAUAAAUAUCCUGAGAUUUGGGCCAUGGAUGAGAUCAAUCCAUUCACGCAGCCUGAAGGAGGAGAAAGUGUUGCAGAUGUUGCCACCAGGUUUACAAGAGCUUUGGGAAUGAUGGAAUCAACAUUUGAAAACUGUGCAGUUUUGGUGGUUAGCCAUGGCGAUCCUCUGCAGAUUUUACAGGCAAGCAUCAAUGCAGCCAAGGAACACCGGGAAGCAUCUGAAGCUGACUUUAUAUCGAGAAUACAAGCAAUCAAAGACCCGUCGGUUCUCUCACAGCACAGGACGUUUGCUCUGAAUACCGGAGAACUCCGCCGCCUGGUGUAGUGUAGGCUGAUUUAUUCUGCAGGCAUGCUAUGCUGGAGGAAUCUAAAAUGUGGCUUUUUAUCAUAAUUUAUCUGGUGGUCUAUAGUAUCCUCUAACUUAUUCCAUUCUUUGGUUAUAAGGAUUAUAUUCAUUUUUCAUCCAAAAUGCUUAUUUUGACCAUCAGUUACAAGAA